AAAGAGAGGAGCACCGGGCCUUGUGUCUAGCAGCAAUACAGGGUAACUGGGAAACUGCAAAGAGCUUCCUUAGUAAAGAUCGAGGCAUGCUUCAUGCAAAGUUGACAAAUGGAGAGGAUACAGUUCUUCACAUUGCCGUUACUGUAAAAUGCAUCCCUUUUGUGAAAGAAUUGCUAGAUUUUAUGACUGUGGAAGAGGCAGCUAUACUAAACUUUUAUCAAGACACAGCCCUUUGUAUUGCUGCUGUAGCUGGAAUGAUGGAAAUUGCACAGUUAUUGGUAGCGAAGAAUAAUGAGAUGCCAAUGAUCCGUGGUACCAGGGGUUUGAUACCACUUGGCAUGGCAGCUGAAGCUGGACAUAAGGAAAUGGCUCAAUAUCUUUACCAAAACACUGAUUUUUCCCGUCUAAAUCGUAAUGAAUGGAUUAGGCUCUUCUUCAUUUCUCUUUCCAACAAUCUCUAUGAUAUAGCAUCGAAAAUACUGGCUCAAGAUCGAACAAUAGCUUGUGAACGAGAUGAGCAUCAGAAAACAGCCUUGCAUGUGUUGGCUCAAAAGGCUACAGACAUUCCUAGCUCAUACUUCCAAGGCUUCUAUAGGCAAGCGUCAAUGUCAAUAGUGGCUCACGAAUUACUUGAAAGCAUCUGGGAGCAAGUUCUGCAACGAUCAAAUGAUGAGAUUUCAGAACUAAUAAAUAAUCCUUCAGGAGUACUUUUCGAUGCUGCAAGGUCGGGAAAUGCAGAGUUUUUAGCUGUACUUCUUCGCAAGUAUCCUGAUCUAUUAUGGAAAGUUGAUGAAAAAGGGAGAAGCGUAUUUCAUGUUGCUGUUGUGCAUCGACAAGUACAUAUAUUUAAUUUGAUAUAUAACAUACAAGCCAUGAAGGAUUACAUAGUAGGAAAUAUUGAUAAGGAUGGUAACAACAUGUUGCACUUAGCCGGAAUGUUGCCGGAUGUCGAAAGACUUGGAGCACCACGUGCAAACCUUCAGAUGCAACGAGAGUUAUUGUGGUUUAAGGAAGUGGAAAAGAUUGUCAGACCUUCGCACAGGAAUAUGAAAAAUUCAAAUGGGGAGACACCCAGAGAAAUAUUCAACGAUACACAUAAACAUUUGCUUAAAGUAGGGAAAGAAACGAUGAAGGAUACAUCCAAUUCAUGCAUGAUUGUAGCAACUUUGAUUUCUACAAUGGUGUUCGCUGCAGCCCUCACUGUGCCUGGUGCCAGCAGUAAUAUAACAAACACUCCAUUUUUCAGUAAAGACCAGUGGUUUACGAUUUUUAUCCUCUCAAAUGCGCUAUCACUCUUCACUUCGGCAGCUUCAAUAGUCUUGUUGCUUUCUCUUCUUACUUCAAGCUACGCAAAAAAUGAGUUUGUCACUUCACUGCAUGCAAGGUUGAUGUUCGGCCUCACAACACUCUUCUUCGCUAUAACAACCAUGGUCUUGGCCUUUAUUGCUGCCAUCUUUCUAAUCUUCGACUACAAAUUGGUUUGGGUUCCAUAUCUCCUUGCCUCACUAGCCAGUGCCCCUGUGAUUUUGUUUCUUGGGUUACAUUUUAAUCUUUGGGCUGACUUGAUCCGCUCCUAUUACUGGUCUAAGUUUCUGUUCCAGCCGAGCAAGUACAAAAUUUUCGAGUUAGAAUUUUGA